AUGCCACACAAGGAGACUCCUACUUGGGAUAUGAAGUUGAAUCAAAUACUCUGGGCUUUGCAGGGUCAGUCUCAUUUCAAUACUGCUUGUUAUACUAAAAUGCGUAUGAAUACAUAUUGGAUUCUAGAUAGUGGGGCAACUGAUCAUAUGUCAUUUGAUAAAUCUUUAUUUAGUACUCUACAUUCCCUAAAUAACUGCAUUAUUGUUCAUCUGCUUGAUAGCACAUCUGUUAAGGUUUCAUAUGCAGGUCAAAUAGCUUUGUCCAAAUCUCUUAAACUUGAUCAAGACCCUCUGAUUAAGAGAGUGGUUGCUAUGGGAAGGGAAGAGGGAGGUUUAUACAAAUUGAAUCACAUGAGCUUCUCUCCUGUAGAAAUCAAUACAUUGGUGAUAUCGUCUUCUUCCUCCUCUGCUCGUAAGAGUCCAAAACAUGCUUCUAAAUGGUAUGCAUUCGUUAAGAGGAAAAAGAAGACUCCUGUUGUUCGUUUCAAAGAGGCUACUGCUUUAGAAUCCUCUCAUGGGCUUUCAUGGACAAAAGUACGCUUGCUUGGCAAGGGAGGCUUUGGUUCUGUCUUUUAUGCUAAAACAAGAACCACCAACAAUCAGAAAACCAAUCUCCCUUCAGAGAUGGCUGUAAAAUCUGCGAUUAUGCUUCGAUCAUCUUCAUUAAUUCAUGAGAAGCGAGUUCUUUGCCAUCUUGGAAACAGUCCUCAUGUGGUUCGUUUUUAUGGACAUGAAGUUACGGUUACAGCCAACGGGGUGAUAGUAUAUAACCUGCUCUUGGAAUACUGUUCUGGGCUUAGUUUGCAACGGCAAAUAAGAAAAUCAGAUCAUGGUUUGGCUGAGUCUGAUGUUAGGUCUUAUUCAAGAGACAUUCUACGAGGUUUGAAGUACAUUCACUCUCGUGGUUACAUCCAUUGCGAUAUCAAGCCAGCUAACAUUUUGCUGAUGCCUGGUAGACCAAACAGGAAUGGAACUUUCAGAGCAAAGAUUGCAGAUUUUGGAGUGGCUAAGGCGGUGAAUGAAGAGUGCCAUAAUCUGAGGGGCACGUUAAGAUUCAUGUCUCCAGAAUCGGUGAGAGACAGAAAGAUUGAGUAUGCUACAGAUAUUUGGGCCUUUGGAUGUGUUGUAUUGGAGAUGCUGACUGCAAAAUCAGCUUGGGGAUACCGAAGAGUUAAAGAUCUUAAGGAGGUGAUUGGAUAUUCAGAUGAAAUGCCAAAGAUUCCCACAAACAUAUCAGAGAACGCAACGGAUUUCCUCAGCCGAUGUUUAGUUCGUAUUGCUGCUUAUAGGUGGUCUGCUGAUAUGUUACUACAACACCCUUUCCUUUCUGUGAACUAA